AUGUAUGCAAAAUUGAAACAGAAAAACCCUAUGGAUUAUUGUAGACUGUAUUGCUUAGCGAGAUUAGGGACUAAUAAGGCUAGAAUCGCUUUUGAACGAGCGUUGGAAUUGCAAAAUGACAAUUCUGGAGCCGGAGAAUCCGGUUGUCUUGGUCCAUCUUGCCAACCACUUCUUCUUCAAAGGAGAAAUGAACAAGGUUGAACGGUUAGCGUGGCAUGCAAUGAGUAUGACGGAAAGUGACGAAAUCAAGGCCGAAGCUUGUUACAUUCUUGCGCGGUUUUUCCAUUUCAACAGAGACUAUGAAAAGGCGUUCAAG